CGCGGGCGGGAAGAUGGCGGCUGGGUUCAAAACUGUGGAACCUCUGGAGUAUUACAGGAGAUUUCUGAAAGAGAACUGCCGUCCUGAUGGAAGAGAACUUGGUGAAUUCAGAACCACAACUGUCAACAUAGGUUCAAUUAGUACCGCAGAUGGUUCUGCUUUAGUGAAGUUGGGAAAUACUACAGUAAUCUGUGGAGUUAAAGCGGAAUUUGCAGCACCACCAACAGAUGCCCCUGAUAAAGGAUAUGUUGUUCCUAAUGUGGAUCUACCACCCCUGUGUUCAUGGAGAUUCCGGUCUGGACCUCCUGGAGAAGAGGCCCAAGUGGCUAGCCAAUUCAUUGCAGAUGUCAUUGAAAAUUCACAGAUAAUUCAGAAAGAGGACUUAUGCAUUUCUCCAGGGAAGCUUGCCUGGGUUCUGUACUGUGAUCUCAUUUGCCUUGACUAUGAUGGAAACAUUUUGGAUGCCUGCACAUUUGCUUUGUUAGCGGCUUUAAAAAAUGUACAGUUGCCUGAAGUUACUAUAAAUGAAGAAACUGCUUUAGCAGAAGUUAAUUUAAAGAAGAAAAGUUAUUUGAAUAUUAGAACUCAUCCAGUUGCAACUUCCUUUGCUGUGUUUGAUGACACUUUGCUUAUAGUUGACCCUACUGGAGAGGAGGAACAUCUGGCAACAGGAACCUUAACAAUAGUAAUGGAUGAGGAAGGCAAGCUCUGUUGUCUUCACAAACCAGGUGGAAGUGGGCUAACUGGAGCUAAACUUCAGGACUGCAUGAGCCGAGCAGUUACAAGACACAAAGAAGUUAAAAAAUUGAUGGAUGAAGUAAUUAAGAGUAUGAAACCCAAAUAAAUAGCCACUUUUCAAAA